CCGCGACCGUUGCGGCAGUUGCCGUCCAUUACGGCUAGCGUUGCGGAAUAUCCUGUUGUAUCUGUAUCCGACAUUUCGGAUUCAAAUUUCAUAACCCCCAACAGCAGAAUUGAUGGCGAUACCUUACGCAGCCACCCGCGCAGCUGUGUAACGACCCUAUGGAUAUAACUUCCUAGUACGACAAUGCUACAUGCGGGACGAAAAGAUUGGAUAUAAGCAUAAGUCUGGUAGUUGAAACUUGUUGGAAAGGCUAUAGUCACUUUCCCUUCUCCAAAAAUCGCUUCCAAGGUUGUAAACGUCUACGAUCCUUAUCCCGAUCAGUUUGACCAUGGCACUGAGUUCAGGCUCAAUCGAUAUUCAGGAUGAAGGAGAUAAUAGGAAACAACAGGCUACGACAGGCCUCUCAGAGCAACCUGUACAUACUCCGUCAAACGUUAUGAGCGUCGCAUUUCGAAACCUCAGCGUUCAUGCAUUUGGACGACAGACCGAUUACCAACGUACCGUUUCCAAUUUUUUCAACGCCUGGCUGGCGAUAUGUGUCAACUGGAUUACGGGGCAGCGGAAGCUUCGAGUUGAUAUUCUUCACGAUUUCGAUGGCUUCGUCUCAAGCGGCGAGAUGCUCUUAGUUCUUGGGAAUCCGGGCAGCGGGUGCACUACCUUGUUGAAGUCUCUGGCAGGACAGACAUACGAUCUUUGCGUAGAUUCGCAGUCUCUUCUGAACUACCAAGGUUUGUCGUCGAAGCAAAUGUUCACCGAGUUUCGAGGUAAAGGCACGUAUCAAGCUGAGUUCGACAUUCACUUCCCGACUUUGACUAUGCGAGAGACCCUCGAAUUUGCAUCCAAGUCACGGAGACUACCACGCAAUUGGAAUGACUGUCGCGCUACCGUCGAAAGCGUGGCCCGCACUUUAGGCCUUACCAAAGCGCUUGAUGUCAAGAUGGGAAACGCUUUGGUCCCUGGAGUCAGUGGAGGGGAGCGCAAAAGGACGAGUAUUGCGGAAAUACUCCUGGGUGAUAGUGUCUUUCAGUGUUGGGAUAAUAGUACUCGAGGCUUAGAUAGCGUCAAUGCUCUCGACUUCAUCAAGACUUUACGACGACGCACAUCAGAGAGUGGGUCCGUCGCUAUCGUGACGCUAUAUCAAGCUGGCGAGGAUAUCUACGAUCUGUUCGACAAAGUCACCGUCAUACACGAAGGGCGGCAAAUAUAUUUCGGACGCACUCGGGAUGCCAAGAAAUAUUUUACCGACCUUGGAUUCAUUGCACCACCAAGAUCCACGAGCCCUGAGUUCCUGACGUCCAUCACGAGGCCUAUCGGUCUACGUCCGCAGACGACGGAAGACUAUGUGUUUCCUCCUAGAACCGCUGCAGAAUUUGCGGAGGCGUGGAAGGAUUCUUCUGAGUAUAAGGCGUUGGUUAACCAAAUCGACGACUACAACCAACUUCACUUAGUAGGAAGAGGUAACAGCCUUCUUGAAAUGAGAAGAGAGCUUAAGGGCACGGAAAAGAAACAAUCCCCUUAUAUCCUCCCAGUUCUGAAGCAGAUCGCAUUGUGUAUGCACCGAGGGUUCCUUCGCCUGCGCCACAAUCUUGCAGUACCGAUAUCCACCAUCAUGGGCAACAUGGUCACUUCCAUUAUCUUGGGUAGUAUGUUUUACAAUAUGCCACGCGAUACCAGCAGCUUCUUCGGUCGCACCGUAUUGCUAUUUUUCACUAGUUUAGUCAAUACAACAUUAGCCGCCUUCGAGUCUGUCGCGUUAUGGGAUGAUCGCCCAAUUAUCGAGAAACAUGUUCAGUAUGGUUUCUACCAUGCAUUUUCUGAAGCUAUCGCGUCUUUUUCCUGUGAUCUACCUAAUAAACUUGUCCUUACAUUUGUGUUCAACUUUCCUCUCUACUUCCUGAGUAAUCUUCGGCGCACACCUGGUGCAUUUUUUACCUACUAUCUAUUUGGCCUGAUGAGUCUUCUCAAUGGAUCGGUUAUAUAUAGAUCUAUGGGCGCUAUGUCCCGCACUCUGGCUGGUUCACAACCUCCUGGCGCUGUGCUAGUCAUGCUUUUGACUAUCUACAGUGGAUUCGUCGUACCAUUUCGAGAGAUGCGCCCGUGGCUUCAAUGGUUCUCGUAUAUCAACCCGGUAUACUAUGUCUUUGAAGCUAUGGUCGUUAACGAGUUUUCCGGGCGCGAAUUCGACUGCGCCACCUUAAUCCCCCAGAACAGAGAUGCAUCUCACUUCGUCUGCUCCAUCGCCGGUGCUAUGCCCGGAAACACUACGGUUUUAGGGGAUGCUUACAUUGAGGCAGAAUUUGGCUUCCAACCAGAACAUCUUUGGAGAAAUCUCGGCAUUGUGAUUGCCCUCCUAGUCUUUUUCGCAUUUACUUAUGUUAUGGCCACUGAAUACAUCACAAUGCUUCCGCCAAGAUCGGAUAUCUUGCUUUUCCAACGAGGGCAUACUCCUUCUACCCCUCUCAUUGAAGAUGAGGAGAUGGGUGUAUUCCCUCGAAAUAGUAGUGAGCAAUUAGUCGAGAGUAAGAAGACAGCGGACGAUAUGAUUGGUAUAAGUAACGGUGCUCACCUUCUUUGGACUGAUCUCUCUUAUGCCAUAAAAGAAGGGAAGAAUGAAAAGGUGAUUUUAAACAACAUUGACGGUUGGGUCAAACCUAGAACACUGACGGCACUCAUGGGACCUUCGGGGGCCGGGAAGACCACCCUCCUGAACGUUCUUGCCGAGCGAACUACGAUCGGGAUUGUCACUGGCAAUAAAAUAACGAAUACUCGCUACCAAAACGUUGCAUUUGCUCGAAAGAUAGGGUACGCCCAGCAGGACGAUAUACAUCUUCCUACGACAUCUGUUCGUGAGGCGCUUACAUUCAGCGCUUUGCUUCGGCAGCCCGAGCACUACUCGAAAGCCGAAAGGAUCGCAUAUGUAGACCAUGUGAUUGGCUUACUCAACAUGGAAGCAUUUCAACAUGCCGUAGUCGGUAGACUCAACGUAGAGCAAAAGAAGCGCGUGACAAUUGGCACCGAGCUAGCCGCUCGACCGGAGCUUCUACUAUUUCUCGAUGAACCAACGAGUGGUUUGGAUAGCGACUCUGUCUGGUCUUUCUGUACCCUCUUACGACAGCUAGCCGAUAGCGGUCAGGCAAUUCUAUGCACGAUACACCAACCGUCAGGCCCGCUGCUCACUUUGUUUGAUCGACUUCUUUUUCUCAAGGAAGGGCAUGCGAUGUACUUCGGCGAUUUCGGACCAGAAUUCCGUACCCUGAUUCAGUACUUCGAAGAUCAUGGAGCGCGGAAAUGCUUGUCUCACGAGAAUCCUGCUGAAUGGAUGAUGGAAGUUACGAGUGAUGGCUCUGAUAAUGGGGUAAACUGGGCCGACAUAUGGACAAAUUCUUCUGAAUGCAUCACUAUCAGACAUGAGUGUCAAAGGAUGAGAGAGCGGCUAUCUAAUACAACUACGACAGAGGGCAUGGGUAGGGAUCGCAAUACUGAGUUUGCAACAUCGUUCUGGUAUCAGCUUCGAGUUGUAACCCAGAGAGCUUUCCAACAUGAUUGGAGAUCCCCAGAAUAUCUAUACUCGAAAAGCCUCACUACCUUCGGCUGUGCAUUCAUCAACGGAGUGAGCUUCUGGGCCUCUGGGUAUACAUCCCAAGAUAUUCAAAACCAGAUAUUCUCUCUCUUCCUCCUAAGCACAAUCUUUGGUACACACGUACAGCUGAUAAUGGAGAGGUUCUACCAUAGUCGGCUUCUGUAUGAGAACCGAGAGCGUCAAUCACGCACGUACUCGUGGCUAGCCUUCCUCAUCUCCAAUAUUGUGGUUGAGCUUUCCUCGCAGACCGUCAUCAGUGUCAUUGCCUACGUCGCCUGGUACUAUCCAGUAGGUUUCUGGAGGAAGGCGAUAGAUCAAGGAGAGCUCAAUAGCCGCAGCGGGCUAGUCUUCCUGUUGAUUUGGUCGCUGCUCAUCCUGUUUCAAACUCUUUCGCAGAUGCUAAUGACUAUCAUGCCUGAUAUUCCGACCGGCAUUAAUAAUGGAAACCUCCUCUUCAUGCUGUCAUUGAUAUUUUCUGGCGUUCUCGUGCCCCCUGAUGCCCUUCCCCGGUUCUGGAUCUUCAUGUACCGCGCGACACCACUAUCGUACUAUAUCUCGGCGAUAAUAUCAACCGGACUUUCGGGAUCUGACAUUUACUGUUCCUCGAACGACCUUCUUCAACUCGAUCCUCCCUCUGACCAGACCUGCGGCUCGUACCUCAGCUCUCCCACAUCCGUGGUUCUGAACCCGGACGCCUCGGCGGGGUGCCAGGUGUGUCCAUACACGAGCGCUGAUGCGUUGCUGGCGUACUUCGGUAUAUACUACGAUGAUCGUUGGUGGCAGUACGGCGUCACAAUUGCUUACAAUGUCAUCAACGUAAUGCUCGCGAUAUUGCUGUAUUGGCUAGUUAAAGUGCCGAAGGGGUCUAAGAAGGAGAAGAAGUAACAAUUAUGGUGAUUGGAUGAUUGGAUUUGUCGGUUUCUCAUGUACUGUCAUAUGUAAUGUAGGUACCUGCGUAGAGGUAGGUAUGUGAAGUUUGUCUUUUAGGUUAUAGAGCUGUGAGGAUGACCUCGAUGGUCCCCCAUCUAGACACAAAUUUUACCAUCUUUUGAAGCCUUGAUGAUGUUUUAAAUCAAUAAAGCAGGAUUUACCUAGGU